AUGGCCACUACCACCACUACUAAAACUGCGAUACCGAAAGCGACCAACGGCGCGGGUAUCAAGAAGGCUGCUCCCAAGGGCGGUCGCGUUGGCAAAAAGAACAAUGCGAGGACUGCCAUGGCCAAGAUGCAAGCAUACUUUAAAGCUCACCGUGACGAGUACAAGGACCUGUCUUUCAAGGAGCAACAGCAAGAGCUCGGCAAGAAGUGGAAAGCUUCACCAGAGAAUCCCAAGAACAAUGUCUAA